AUGCGCUCCUCAACAUUCAUCACACUGGCCGCAGCUCCCCUGUUGGCUCUCGCCGCUCCUCAGCAACAACAACAACAACAAAACCAAGACGUACCACUCAUCACCGCCUCGCCCGAAAGCCACAACACCGCAUCUCUGCCCACACAAACAGUAGCUCCCGGCGAUGCCUGGAACGCAGAAGCCUCGGAUGUAGUAUUAGACACCGAGCUGUGGACCCAGAUCUUCUACUCUCAGACCUUUGUAUCCGCUCCCGGACAAUUGGCCACCGCUGGCGCUGGUGAGAUCGGCCUGGGCACACACACGGGCGAGAUUGGCGUCGCAAAGGCAGCAACCGGUGCGGGUGCUUCGGUCAUGCCUCAGGGCUCGCUGUUGACCGCCAUCCUGGGUCUGGCCGGUGUUGCCGCUGGCAUGGGCGUUGUGCUGCUGUAA